AUGAGUUCGUCGUUUGUUCUUCUAUACAUCUAUCCAUCCAUCCGUCCAUACCUCCAUCCAGAAAGAAACUACAGCACAAGAAAGAAAGAGAGAAAAUAUACAGGAAGGAAGAAAGAAGGAAGGAUAGAAGUGAAGGAAGGGAAGGACGGAAGGAAGGAAGGAAGGAAGAAGGAAGGCAGGAAGGUAAGGAAGGACCGGAAGGACGGAAGGAAGGAAGGAAUGACGGAAGGGAACGGAAGUGCAGUGCCGAGCGAAGAAGGGAUAGGAAGGAAGGAAGGAGGAAGGAAGGACGGAAGGAGGGAAGGAAGGACAGGCAGGAAGGCAGGAAGGAAGAAGGAAGGAAGGAGGAAUGAAGGAAGGACGGAGAGAAGAAAGAAAGAAAAGCAAAAGGACAUCAGUUAA